GAUUAUCGGAAUGAAACCUGCUCCGCACCACUAGGAGGCAGUUAUGCAGCUAUCCUUUGUUUACCAACUAGUGCGCCAUCAAACAGAAGAAGGCGAAGGUUUGCCGCUUGCUAGCGUGUGGGUAACAAUACAAGUAUCUAAGCAAUUUUCUGAACUGUUGUCUAUUUGAUUGUUUGGACGACUUGAAGUCACCUUAUCUUCGUUUGUUAGUUUUCCUUCGUUUGAUGAUCAUAUUCAGAACGCGGAAAAAGGUACAAAUGGACGACCUGAACGACGAGAACCUACAAAAGAAACCAGUGGUUGUUUUGACUCGACUCCCGGAGUUUACGCUCAAUGCGCUUCAACCACCGACACCCCAGCAGUUCGACAGCGAAGCCGAGUCCCACGGCAGCUCCGACUCCGACAUGCUGUGGGAACCCGGGGACGAUUCGGGAGACUCGGAUUUUGGAGCUAAAAAGAAAACCCAGCAUAAACACAACAAUUCUAAACACAAAAAGGCGAAUGAAGUGACAGUGCCUACACCGUUAGGGAGCAUCAACAGCCUCAGCAACAGCAGCGUCUGCAAUAACGACGGCAACACCACCAACAAAGCUGCUGAAAUAUCCCCGAUCAUAGUGUCUGCAGCUUUUGCCAGCCACUCAAACGAAACGAGAAACGUGCGGCCUGAUUUGCCAGAGCCAGAAAUUAAGUUGGACAUGGUAGUCCUGGCCAGGAGGAGAGUCACGAGGUGGCAACGAGGCAAAAUAGUGGAGAUAAUCAAUAAGGACGACGGACGAGUAAAAUAUAAAGUGAUUUUUGACGAGAAGGGGAAGAGCUUGGUAUCGGGACAUCACAUCGCGAAGGAAACCACUCCAAAGCUGGACCAACUGUACGUCGGAGCCCGAGUUUUAAUUCAGUCUCCAGAAGAUGAGCAGUGCUUCCUGCCUGGACUUUUGUCUGAGCUCCCCAGCAGAAAGAAUCGCUUAAGGUUUCUGGUGUUUUUGGACGAUCACACACCAGUUUAUGUCAGCUUACCAUCACUUUAUCUCGUUUGCAGACAAAUGGAUGAUCCUUUAGGCGACCUUCCAGAGAGUCCACACAAGUGCUUCAUGGCACAGUACUUGAGGAGUUGGCCGUAUCCACACCUAACCCACUAUAAAGAGGGACAAAUCCUUAAAAUAGAACUGAAUGGAGUCCAUCAGAAGUGUCAUGUUGAGUUGGUUGAUUGCAGCUUGAUGAAGGUUGUUUUUGAGGAAAAUGGGGAGACGGACUGGAUCCACCGAGGCUCCCUACGACUGGAGCACAUGUCCAAGUUCUUGGAGUUGAAGCAGAAUCGAGGAUCCAAGGCAGAUGAUUCUGACUCUAAAUGACCUAUAAAUUGUUGUUAGAGAAAGAAGACAUUAAAAGAAAAAAAAAAAAAUCAUUUUGACCUGUAAAUACAUGUAUCUUUCUGGC